UGUUAUGACAGAAAAUCGCAGAAUAGCAGAAAAUCAGAGGAACAUUUAGAAUUUCGAUCAUAUAUUUAUUAAAUGUAAAUUAUUCAAUUUUUAUAAACAAAUACGAUGUCGUUCAAAACUAAGGAUGUUGUUCUGUCUGCAGACAGGCCAAAAACGUUACUGUUACAAAAGCAUUCCGAUUAUUUAGCUGGAUAUGGACUAAACAAAGAUGACUUCGAAUAUUGCAUGACGGAAUAUCUUAGAAUGUCCGGUAUUUAUUGGAGCCUUACAGCAAUGGAAUUGAUGGAUCAAUCGUCAAGAAUGCCAAAGGAAGAUAUUAUAGAAUUUAUAACAUCGUGUCAAGACAGUGAGAGUGGAGGCAUAUCAGCCAGCACUGGUCAUGAUCCACACAUGCUAUAUACUCUAAGUGCUGUACAGGUACUAGCUAUGUAUGAUAGACUAGAUGCAAUUGAUGUGGAAGCAGUGGUUAGAUUUGUGGUUUCAAUGCAACAAGAGGAUGGUAGCUUUUUUGGUGAUAAAUGGGGUGAAGUGGACACAAGGUUUUCAUUCUGUGCUGUCAUGACCCUAUCUCUCUUGCAUCGGCUGGAUGCAAUCAAUGUGAACAGAACAGUGGACUUUGUACUGAGUUGUAUGAACUUUGAUGGCGGCUUUGGGUCCAAACCUGGCUCUGAGAGCCAUGCUGGUCUCAUCUACUGUUGUGUAGGAACACUAUCUAUUUGCAAGCGAAUGGAUGCAUUAAAAGCAGAUGAGUUGGCCUGGUGGCUCUGUGAGAGACAGCUGCCUAGUGGUGGGCUCAAUGGACGACCUGAGAAGCUGCCUGACUUGUGUUACUCAUGGUGGGUAAUGGCGUCGCUUUCUAUGCUGAAUAGAAUACACUGGGUAGACAAAGACAAUCUAGAGCAAUACAUCCUAGCCUGCCAAGAUGCGGAGACUGGUGGCUUCAGUGACCGCCCUGGAGACAUUCCUGACCCGUUCCAUACCCUCUUUGGCCUGGCAGGCUUAUCUUUACUUGGCAAUACACGCAUCAAACGAGUGAACCCUACCUAUUGUAUGCCGCAAGAAACUAUCGAUAGAUUAAGAUUGGAGCCACAAAUAUUGCUUAUUUAGUUUUAAGAUAAAAUAAAUAUUUAUGGAAAUAUAA